AUGGGCAGUGAUCACAAAAGGGAUGAAUUGAAUGGUGAUGGUGACCUGGGAGAAGAGAAAGUUAAUGAAGGGGAGGCGUUGGCUUUGGUGUCGUUGGUGAUGGGUUGGUCCAUGGUGUCGCUAGAUAGAGAUCUAGGUGAGAAGUCCCGUGCACAUUUAUCAGAACCAAAUGAAAAAACACCCUCAGCCUUUGAGUUUAUCAAACACUUGAAGGGUUCUCGCAAUGGUGACAAGGUAGAUGGGCUCCAUAAGCUCAAAACUUAUCUAAAAAAUUUUGGUUAUCUAAGCUUAUCCCAUUCUAAAUUGAAUCAAACCUAUGUCAAAAGUGAUGUUUUUGAUCAUCUCUUAGAGUCUGCCAUCAAAACCUACCAGCUCAAUUAUAAUCUCGAGGUUACAGGAGAGUUAGAUAGUAACACUGUGUCAAUGAUGACGAUGCCUCGGUGUGGCAUACCGGAUAUCAUCAAUGGUACUACUAGAAUGAGAUCAGGCAAUAAAAUGAAAUACCAUUAUGGCUCAAACUUGUUCCAAAUAGUCUCCCACUAUAGUUUCUUUCCAGGUAAACCCAAAUGGCCACGUUCUAAGGCUAAACUCACUUAUGCCUUUCUCCCAGGGACUCAUCAGGCCUCCCUUAGUUCGGUUGGUCGGGCUUUUAGCAAAUGGGCUUCUGUAUCAAGUUUUAGAUUUUCCCAGACUGAAAACUACAAAAAUGCUGAUUUGAAGAUCGCUUUUUACAGUGGAAACCAUGGAGAUGGUGUCCCGUUUGAAGGCCCAGGGGGAAUCUUGGCCCAUGCUUUUGCACCAACUGAUGGGAGGCUUCACUUUGAUGCUGAUGAGAGGUGGUCCGACGGUGUGGUUCCUGGAUUAGUUAACUUGGAGUCUGUGGCUCUGCAUGAAAUUGGUCACCUUUUGGGACUUGGACAUAGCUCAGUUAAUGAUGCUAUCAUGUUUCCAACCAUUCCACCUGGUGUGAGCAAAAACCUGGCUUUAGAUGAUAUUAAAGGCCUCAAGGAUUUAUAUUCUUGA